AGGACAGCGAUUACCAACAGUUGCUAUUCUAGCUACAAUGUACAAGUGGUGGCAGUUCACAUCAUCCAGCUGAUAAUGAGUUGACAGUCUAUCGAUUUUUCGACAGUACUUUAUAAAAUAGAUACAUAGAAAUUAAUUUUACAAAGCUCGAAUUUCUAUUUCUUGAAAUUAUGCAAAUUCUUGCAUUAACGUAUCUCCAGAACAUCCCAGGAAAAUUAUAUUAUUCGAGUGCAACAAUAACACGUGUUGCUAUUAGAUGGUUAUCAACAGCAGAUUCUGUUAUAGCAUCUUCUAAAGAAAGAAAAGGAGCAGCUAACAUACAAACAAAUAUGAAUGACGAUGUUCUUUUGAAAGAGGUUGGAGAUAGCGGUAUAAUAGUUUUAAACAGACCUAAAGCAUUGAAUGCUUUAAACUUGUCCAUGGUUCAAAAGAUUUAUCCUAUUCUUAAAGAAUGGGAAUCUUCGAAGAAACUGGUAAUAAUAGAAGGUGCGGGUGAAAAAGCAUUUUGUGCAGGUGGCGAUAUCAAAGCAAUCGUUUUAGAUAAAAGGGCAAACACUUUGGGUGCAGAAUUUUUCAGAAAAGAAUAUACUCUGAAUUAUUUGAUUGGAACAUAUAAUAAACCUUAUAUCGCUAUAAUUAAUGGGAUAACAAUGGGAGGUGGCGUUGGAUUAUCUAUACAUGGCAAAUACAGAGUCGCUACGGAAAAAACACUUUUUGCUAUGCCCGAAACGGCGAUAGGAUUAUUUCCUGAUGUCGGCGGGAGUUACUUUUUGUCUAGAUUGAAAGGAAAAUUAGGUGUCUACCUAGGACUGACAGGACAUAGAUUAAAAGGUAUCGACGUACUUCUCGCUGGAAUUGCAACGCACUUUGUCCCAUCGGAGAAACUCGCGGAUUUAAAACACGACUUGUUAGCAUUACAAAAUACCGGCAUAAUCGAGGAUAUCUUAAAUAAAUAUCAACCGAAAUUAAAUCAUGAAUUCAGUUUGGCGCCUCACAUGUCAAAAAUAGAAAAUUAUUUCUCUGCUCCGUCUGUCGAAGAAAUAAUUGAGAGACUAAAGAAAGAUAAUUCAGAAUGGGCCCAGAAGACUAUAGGCAUACUGCUCCAGAUGUCUCCAUCUUCUCUCAAAAUUGCUAAAAAAGCAAUUGAUGAAGCAAAUGGAAAAUCAUUAGCAGAGUGUUUAGAGAUCGAAUAUAGAUUAGCGUGUAGUGCUCUGGAAGAAGGCAGUGAUUUCUACGAAGGUGUCAGAGCUCUCCUGAUCGAUAAAGACCAAAAACCGGUAUGGAAGCCGUCGUCCUUGGCCUAUGUUACUGAUGAAUAUAUAAAUAAACAAUUUGCAAGACUUCCUGCAGAAAAAGAAUUAAAAUUAUGUGCUAGCAAACUGUGAGAAAAAACUUUAUUAUGAAUAUUGUUACGAAGCUUUACUAUGAAUGUUGUUAUA